UUUGUUGCCCGCUCAAUACAAUCUACGACUCUAUCCGAACCCCGCAUUGGAUCGCUGUAGCGUCCAGAACCAUGUGCCAUCGGAUCCUUCGCUAUACUUUGAACACGAAAUGCAACCACCGUACCUUCACGGGUGACACGAUGAUCGACUGUAUGGACCCGACAUGUGGGAACAGCAGAGCACAUCCUGCCAAUUGCCCUAACUGCACUCACAAUAGGUGGUACAACAAGCCGGAAAGGAUCGUCACUCAAGAGCUCGAUCAGAAGUGCGAAAACUGCACACCAUGAGCAGUGCACAUGGCCGGAGGAUCACUCAACAUUCAGCGGCGCACAGACCUGAUGUCGACCCUCCACAGUUAGGAGAACGAAAUAUCUGAUUAUGGCGCAAGUUACAUUCUGCCUUAAGAACUUGACUAGUGAUUUCCUUGAUUGAUUAUCUGCUGUACUCACGAGCCUACCCCAUGUAUGAUUAUGAAACCCC